AUGAUGGUCAGCGUGUAUAUCCGGCUCUUGAUGGUUGUCUGUCUUCCGCCAAAGGUGUCUGAGGUGGCUACACUGUUGCGCUUGAAACUGGACACUGAUAAGCAUCCUCAUCCCCGUAUCCUUUUGAAACUCGCGGGGACCUGCACUGUACUGCCCACACUCAUGGCCGACAGUGCCUCAGAGGUGGACUUAGAGUCGGACACUAGUUCCGUCGACGGACUUUCGGCGAGGGACCAGCUGCAGGCAAAAUGUGAUCAGAUGCAGCGGCGUAUGGACCUGCUGCAGCAGGAGAAUCGAGUGCUGAAGACGGAGGUGGAGACCCUGAAGCUGAAGGUUCGCAGCCUGAUGGAAGUGAACCAACAGUUGCGUCGCAACAGUGUGAGCAUUCAAGCCAAAGCGGAGCAGGAAGAGGAGUACAUCAGCAAUAUGCUGCAGCGACGCAUUUCUGAGCUGAAGAAAGAGAAGGAGGCUCUGGCGUUGAAUUAUGAGCAGGAGGAGGAGUGCCUGACCAAUGAACUGAACAAGAAGUUGGUGCAACUCCAGCGGGAAAAGGAACUACUUGAACGUACUCUCGCUCAGGAACAGGAGGCGCAGGUAACAUCGCUGGCUCUUGCCCUCUGCCGGGUAAACAAGCUGAAGCAUCGGAUAGAAAAACUGGAGAAUGAAAAAAAUGCCAAACAGCAGUCGUUGGAUAAGCUGCGGCACGAGAAAAUUGAACUGGAAAACGCGUUAGAACAGGAACAGGAGGCGCUGGUAAAUCGUCUGUGGAAGAAGAUGGACAAACUGGAGGCGGAGAAACGGCGUCUGCAGGACAGCAGGGCAGACCUGGAGGUGGACUUUCAUCGCUCCGGCACAACGCGCUUGUGUUCUGGGGUCGUACGCGAAUCAAAAUACGUGUUCUCUCCAGACAGACGAUCGAUGCCCAGUCACAGUCUUCUUCCCAGUGAAAAGCCAUUGGAUCGUGGUAUCCGAUGA